AUGCCGUACAACACCCGUCGCAAGUCACUAUCUCUUCCAUCCUUGGGCAUUCAACUCCCCAAUUCCUCCCGUCGCUCGCCUUCCAUCUCAAAAACACACAACGAUGAGCUACACCCUUUAAAAAAGGUCAAAAGAUCGCAUGGUUCGACUUCGUUAUCACCCGAGCCAUCCGAUCCCAAGAUUAUCGCGCGCGCGGGUCGACGUGGACUUUAUGAGAUUACACCACCACCAUCACCUAUGGACGGUGUAACUGCUCCUAAAAUCGAUACAGAAGGGAUUAACGACGAUAUUGUGGUCGCUGUGAUCAAUCAACUGGAAAAGACGGGCAAUCGCCCUCAUCUCGUUAAAGAACUCGCCGCGGUUCUGGUCGCAUUGAAUGCGAACGUUGCCAAGUAUGUUAUCACCGCAGGUCUGCUUUUAGGUCCAAUCACUAACCACAAUUACUUUAGUUCCGCCAAUCCUGCCGCGCUCCUCUCUUCGCGGUUGGCCGCCUAUAUGAAGCGUUCUUGGACGGCCCUCGCGCCGUGCCCUAUCGCCAAGGAGCUUAUCUUAAUUCACCCCCGCAAAGUGUACUACUAUCUUACUACGUUCCCUCACCAACCUAUCCCUGAGAAUGAUGAUACAGCCUCGGCCGUGAAUAACAAGCGUAUCACGCCUAGUGUAUCAAGCCUUGAGGAUGAGGAAGACGCCAUCGUGCGGGAACGUAGCCCCAGUCCUGAAGUGGACUUGUCUUCUCCUGACUUCGAGGAGCAGGGGAAUAUGAACAGCACUGCCAACCACCGUGGUACUUCCGACCACUUCCCCGAUGCUAGUAAUCUGUCGCGUCUCAUGCACUCGAACCGUGCGGCUUCUCCGCCCCUGGAGGGUGAUGAGAAGGAAUUCACACAAACCGCCAGUGCCGUGCGUGAGCGUGCAUCAGAGGAAAAAGCCAGCGAGUCAAGUCGUAGCCAGUCCAUCCUUUCCGAGAGCCUGAGUGCCUUGGGAGACCGCGACAUGCGCAUGUCUGAAUCACCUGUGGAUGGCGAUUCCAUGUCUCCGUCUAUGCAGGGUGAUGGUAUGUCCGAGGAAGAGUAUAGUGACUACUUCUCUCACAUGCCUGCCGACCAAAUGGCUCAAGAUCUCGACGAGGCCGCCGCGAGCGCGCUUUUUGGUACCUCGCCCUCGCCCUCUCUUAGCUCCAUCGCAUCGUCUGUCUCGUCUGGCACGAGUGCUAUGAUCGAUGCCGGUGUUGAUGACGAGCAUGCUGGCACUCUCGCCCCGCAGAUCAGUCUUCCCGAGGAUCCGGAUGCCGCCCCCGUUUCAACUCUCAAGCGCUCGCUCGACAUGUUGAACAGCGGUCUCCCCAAUGUCGAUUUGAAGAUGUCUGACUUGACUGAGUCACAUGAGAGGCUCACUCUGACCCCUCGGCCCGUCUCCGCGAAAUCGGAGCCCUUCUUCGACUCCUGGAAAGAGCUGCAAAACCCUGAGAUGGUCGAAGUCGAUGAACUUGACGAGAUGUUUGGCGAAUUCUAA